AUGUCUGAGUCGCUCACUUACAAGGGUAGCCUGUCUGGCCACAAGGGCUGGGUUACUGCCAUUGCUACAUCCCAGGAGAACCCAGACCUUCUGCUGACUGCUUCUCGUGACAAGACCAUCAUUGUGUGGCAGUUGUCGCGUGAUGACACCAACUACGGCUACCCAAAGAAGAUCCUGCACGGUCACAACCACUUCGUGUCGGAUGUCGUGAUCUCGUCGGAUGGUCAGUUUGCUCUGUCGGCCUCGUGGGACAAGACUCUCCGUCUAUGGGACCUCAACACCGGCAUGACGACGCGCCGCUUUGUGGGACACACUGGUGAUGUCCUGAGCGUUAGCUUUAGCCCUGACAACCGUCAGAUUGUCUCGGGUAGCCGUGACCGCACCAUUAAGCUGUGGAACACGCUGGGUGACUGCAAGUUCAACAUCACCGAGGACGGUCACACCGAGUGGGUCAGUUGCGUUCGCUUCAGCCCCAGCCCAGAGAACCCCGCCAUCGUGUCGGCUGGCUGGGAUAAGGUCGUUAAGGUAUGGGAGCUUAACCGCUGCAAGCUUAUGACCAACCACUACGGCCACCAGGGUUACAUCAACACUGUUACAGUCUCGCCAGACGGUUCUCUGUGCGCCUCUGGUGGCAAGGACGGCGUCACGAUGCUCUGGGAACUUUCGGACGGCAAGCACCUUUACUCGCUUGAGGCUGGUGACGUUGUGAAUGCGCUCGUGUUCUCACCGAACCGCUACUGGCUCUGCGCUGCCACUGCUUCGUGCAUCAAGAUCUUCGACCUCGAGAGCAAGUCGAUUGUGGACGAACUCAAGCCCGAGUUCCCCGGUCUCGGCAAGAACGCCCAGGAGCCUCAGUGUCUGUCGCUCGCGUGGUCGGCAGACGGCCAGACGCUGUUUGCUGGCUACAGCGACGAUAUUGUCCGCGUCUACUCUGUGAUCUAA